GGCUUAGAGGCGACCUGGUAAGGAUGGAGUGGGGUUUAGGGGCGGCCAGGUGAGUGGGGUAGAUGAGGAGGCGGGGCCAGGUGAGACCGCGGUGCCCAGCAGGACCUGGGGACUAAACUGGACGGCUGGGCUUAGGCCCUCAGCCCCGCGCCCGACACCUUCCUUCAUUACCGCACCAGCAAGGUGCGGGCGCUGAGGGCGGCGCGGCUGGAGCGGCUAGUGCGGGAGUUGGUGUCCGGAGACCCCGAGCAGGACCCAGGCUUCGUGCCCGCCUUUCUGGCCACCCACCGGGCCUUCGUGCCUACUGGCCGCGUACUGGGCCUCCUCCUGCCACCACCGGCGCCGCCACUCCCGCCCGGGUCAGUGCCAACAGAAGAUUCUCCAGUGCCCACCCCAGACUCACCUGGAUGCUCGAUCUACUCUCUCUGGAGCCCUCCUCCUCCCCUCCAGAACCUUCCUCCUAAGUCCUCUCCAGCCCCUCCCUUCUUCACCUGAUUUGGGUGUGGGGGUGUCUUUCCAGGGUAGAAAUCAAGAAAACAGAAGGAAGAGAUCUGACUUUCAACAAGAACUUGAGGUUUGCCUCCAAUAGGGUGGGGGAGGGGGAGGGCAGAGGUCAAAGAUCGGAUCUGAAAUGUAGGAGCUCCGGGAGUCUGGAACUGUGGGAUGGGCUCUGAGGUCCCACCCUUCUUGGCCAGGGCUGUGGUGUCAGUGCUGGGCUUAUGGCUGCGGGACCACCCUCAGGAUUUCUGGGACCCCCCUGCCCACUCGGACCUAGGCAGUGUUUGCAACUUUCUGGGCUGGGCAGCUCCAUCAGGGGCUGAGGCCCGGGAGGCUGAAAAGCUGCUGGGAGAUUUCCUGAAGGAGGCUGAGGCAGAGCAGGAGGAAGAGGAGCAGUCCCAGACACGGGCAGGACCCCCUGGGACUGCCCAGAUCCUCUGCCCAGACUCCCCGGUGGGCUGCCUGGAAGACGAGGAGGGCCUCGUGUGGGAAGGCCCUGAGCUUCUGGACUUCAGUGUAGACGACGUGGCGGAGCAGCUGACCCUGAUGGACGUGGAGCUCUUCUCGCGCCUGCGGCCCUUCGAGUGCCUGGGCUCCGUGUGGUCGCAGCGAGACCGGCCGGGGGCCACAAGCAUCGCCCCCACUGUGCGCGCCACCGUGACCCAGUUCAAUACAGUGACCGGCUGCGUGCUGGGCUCAGUGCUCGGGGAACCGGGCCUGGCCGCCCCGCAGAGGGCGCAGCGGCUGGAGAAAUGGAUCCGCAUAGCUCAGCGCUGCCGGGAACUGCGGAACUUCUCCUCCCUGCGCGCCAUCCUGUCCGCCCUGCAGUCUAACCCCAUCUACAGGCUGAAGCGCAGCUGGGGCGCCGUGAGCCGGGAACCAUUAUCCACUUUCAGGAAACUUGCCCAAAUUUUCUCCGAUGAGAACAACCAUCUGAGUAGCAGAGAGAUUCUCUCCCAGGAGGCAACUCAGGGGCCCCAAGAGGAGGAUGCCCCUGCAGGAAGCCCGUCCUUGAAACUGCCCCCAGGCCCUGUCCCCUACCUUGGCACCUUUCUCACGGACCUGGUAAUGCUGGAUACCGCCCUGCCGGAUAUGCUGAAGGGGGAUCUCAUCAACUUUGAGAAGAGGAGGAAGGAGUGGGAGAUCCUGGCCCGCAUCCAGCAGCUGCAGAGACGCUGUCAGAGCUACUGCCUGAGCCCCCACCCGCCCAUCCUGGCCGCCCUGCGUGCCCAGCACAAGCUCAGCGAGGAGCAGAGCUACCGCAUCUCCCGGGUCAUUGAGCCACCAGCUUCCUCCUGCCCCAGCUCCCCACGCAUCCGACGGCAAAUCAGCCUGACCAAGCGCCUCAGUGCGAAGCUGUCCCGGGAGAGAGUUUCAUCCUCUGGUGGAAGUCCUGGGGAUCCCUCAUCCUCCACCUCAAGUCUGUCCCCAGCAUCCCCUCCAUCCAGUCCUAGAACCAAGGACCCUCCUACAGGCAGUCCUCCAGCCUCUCCAGGGCCCCAGAGCCCCAGCACCAAGCUGCCCCUGAGCCCAGACCUGCCAGGCCCCUGGUCCCUGGCCCUGCCCUUGAGUGGCCCUCGUAUCUCCCUCCCUGGGCAGCAGGGCUCAGAGGCCCGCAUCAUCCGGGUCAGCAUCGACAACGACCAUGGCAAUCUGUAUCGGAGCAUCUUGCUCACUAGUCAGGACAAGGCCCCCACCGUGGUCCAGCGAGCCUUGGAAAAACACAAUGUGGCUGAGCCCUGGGUCCAGGACUAUCAGCUCUUCCAAGUCCUUCCUGGGGACAGAGAGCUCCUGAUUCCUGACAACGCCAACGUGUUCUAUGCCAUGAGCCCAGCUGCCCCUGGAGACUUCGUGCUGCGGCGGAAGGAGGGGGCCCAGCAUACAACCUCAGUCUCCCUACCCGCUCCUCCAGGAUAUGGGCCUCAUGGGCAGCAAGGGGUCUGGCUUCUAUAACCAGGAGGUGGGGAGGGGGCUCCUCUAUGAAAAGCUCCAAUUCCCCAGUAGAAGUCAUUGUGCUCCAUACCCUGUAACCCCCCCAAUUUUAUUAGACCUCACCCCUCUGACCCUCUUGGCACCAGAUCCCUGUUCCAAAGACACCAGCCCAUGAGGUUGGCUGGUGGAGAGCUUCAUCUUACAGAAAGGGGUGGGGUGUCAGGGGUCAGAUCCUCCCCCAGAGAAACCUUGUAACUAUUGGAGACACACCAAAAGUGACAAAAAUGGAUGAAAAUAGUGACCAAAGUUAUAAAACAGGAGUCAGUCUUGUUUCUUCUGUGCCUGUGCCCCAAGUCUACUCUUCAUUAGGAUAAAAAUUUAAAUAAGAAAAGAGGGGUUUCCCUGGUGGCUCAGUAGUAAAGAACCCGCCUGGCAACACAGGAGACACGGGAUCCAUCCCUGGUCUGGGAAGAUCCCACAUGCUGUGGAGCAGCUAAGCCCAUGUGCCACAACUAUUGAGCCUGUGCUUUAGAGCCUGGGGACCACGACUCCUGAGCCCAUGUGCUGCAACUCUAAGGUCUUCAAGCUCUAGACCUGUGUUCCACAACAAGAGAAGCUACCACGAUGAGAAACCUGCACGCCGUAGCUAAAGAGUAGCCCCCACCUGCUGCUUAAAGAAAAUCCUGUGCAGCAAUGAAGACCCAGCACAUCCAAAAAUAAAUAAAUAAAAAUUAGAAAAGAAAAACUAAGAGCCCUAAGAAAGGGGUUGAGUGAGGCACGGCUGACACCAGCAUGGGGUGGGAGUGGGGUUCUGUCACAAACAGAGGGUUCAGGACUCUGUCCCUCAACAUUGUUGGGGUAAUAUAAUUCUUUCCUGCUGGGUAUAUGGAAGAGGGAAGAAAUGAAAUUCCAUCAGAACUUGAGGCAAAUAACAUCAUCAUGUGAAAAACAACCAUAACAACAUCAGCAGCAACAAUAAUAAUACCCAGUUAUGAACUCCCACUCUGCUAGACAUCAACUAUGGGCUUUAUAUCUAACUGUAUUAAUAAGGGUUCUUGCUUUUUCAAGUGUUCAAAAACCCAAUUCAAACAGGAAUGGGCAAAAAACCAGAAAUGAAUGCCCCUGUAAUUGAAAAGUUCCAUGAGGCCAGCUUCAGGCACUGUUGGAUCCAGGGACUCAAAAGAUGUCACCAGGACUUUGUAACAGAGUCUCUUGCCUCUGAUUUGCUCUGAGAAUGAGACUGUCCAUUGACUCCCUAAAUCCAAUCACCUUCUCCUAUGGUUACAGAAACACUGAUUUUUCAGCUGGCUGCCCAGGGUAAGGACUGCAUUUCCAGUCUCCCUUGCAGUGAAAUGUGGUCAUAUGACUAAGUCUCAGCCAAUGAGUUGUAAAGGGAAAGGAUGUGGGUACAUUCCAGGCUCUGCCCUUAAAGAGAAGGGGUGUGUCCUCUCCUGCCUUUUUUUUGCCGUGGGUGGAUUAGAAUGAAGAUAUGGAGUGGAUCAGCUUGGACUGGGUGGUUCAUACCAUCUGAACAACUGAGCUGCAAACUGGAA